GCAUAAUAUAAAAAAGAAGUAAGAAUUUAACCAAUGAAAUGCAAAUAUAAAUAAAUAAUUUAAAGUCUAAUUCAAAGAUUUAAAUCAAAUGUUUUCUUACAGUAUUUUUAAGCACAUAACGCGAGAAACAAAAAAGUUUGUUAGAUAUAAACAUCCUGCACAUCAUUGGUCUGUUGUUAGAAAGAAAGUAAACCCUGUAGACAAAGCUCUAAACCAUUUUGAUGAUUUUUACCAACAAGUUUUUGAUACGAAAUGGUUGUCAAUUCGAAAAGCAUUAUUAGGAAAACAUAAGUAUGUAGCUGUUCUCAAUUAUUAUGGCGAUAUUCAAGAAACAAAGUAUGACUUGGAAUUAAAAGGAGCUUUGAAUAUGCGAACAUUAUUUAACUUAGAAAAAGGUUAUCUGAAAGAAGAGAUUGCAAACAACAAGAAAGAUCGAUUAUUAGAAGAAGUUUUUAGAAUAGAUGAACAGUUAAACGAAAAAAUUGAUGAAGCUGUAAAAGAAAAUCCUACACCUAAAAAGUUUGAAGCUAAAGAUUUUUCUUUAAAAAGUAGUCUUGAAAAAGCUGAAAUUGAUACAAGAAGAAUGGUAGACACUGAAAAUGCUCUAUCGAUGGAGGUUUUGCAUGAAUAUAUUCCAGCAACAAAAAUUAAAGGAAAGGAAGAUUUUAUAUUGGAAUCUAGUCAUUAUAAUUUGUAUGAUCAGAAUACCCAAUUUGGGGUACAAAUAGAAAAAGAAUUUGAUUUUAAUUUUCCAGACCAUCUAGAUAUAUAUUGUUAUGAAGAAGGAAAUAAAAGUGGUUUUGAAUCACCAAAAAAAUCAAUAACUGAUGUAUAUAAUUACUAUUUAAUGGAUGGUGGUUCAGUCCUUCCAGUUUUAGCUUUGGAUAUAAAACCAGGACACAAAGUUUUAGAUAUGUGUUCUGCUCCUGGUGGCAAAAGUUUAUUAGCAUUACAAACUCUGUAUCCUUCAUGUAUUGUUUCAAAUGAUGUUUCUAACUCUAGAGUUAAUAGAAUUGAUAGUGUAUACAAUCAAUUUCUGUUUGAUUUUGAAGAAAAAUGGCUCAAAACAGGAAAAAUUAGAUUAAGUAAUAUGGAUGGUAGAUAUAUGGAAGAAUAUGAUUUUGAUAGAAUACUUGUAGAUGUUCCUUGUACAACUGAUCGACAUUCCCUUCAUGAAAAUGACAAUAAUAUCUUCAAACCAUCAAGAGUAAAGGAACGACUUCAGUUGCCUGAACUACAAAGACAGCUUUUAUUCCAAGCUUUGAAGUUAGUUAAAAUAGGAGGUGUUGUCGUUUACUCCACAUGUUCUUUAAGUCCUAUCCAAAAUGAUGGAGUUGUACAUAUGACCUUGAAACAAAUCUGGGAAGAAACUAAUAUGGAAAUAGCUGUAAAAGAUCUAUCUCCUGCGUUGCUGCAAACUAGACGAGUGUACAAAUAUGCAGAUAAAAACUUGCUAAGAUACGGCCAUUUAGUUAUACCACAAAUGAACCAAAAUUAUGGUCCUAUGUACUUUUGCAAAUUAAAAAAAAUUAAAUAAUUUUUAAGUUUUAA